CUCGACACGCUGAUGUUCGGUCACGGUUACAGAGCGCUCUGUGUCGCUCUGCUAGUGUCUGUAUCUUUAAUCAUUCUGCCGGUUGAGUCGGUCAACGAGCAGCGCGUUCACGUGAUCUCCGAGUCAAACGCCUCAGUCAUUCUAGCCGGAGAAUGGAUGGUCGAAUUCUACGCGCCUUGGUGUCCCGCUUGUAAGAAGUUCGAGCCCGUUUGGAGCGAGUUCGGAGAGUGGGCGAACGAGUUGAACGUUCACGUGGCCAAAGUCGAUGUCACAGCGGAAUCAGGUCUCAGUGGACGAUUUCUAGUAACUGCUCUGCCUACAAUAUAUCACAUCAAGGACAACGUGUUUCGUCUGUAUGCUGGUCGUAGGGCGAUGGACGAUUUGAUGGCGUUUGUUAAGGAGGAGAAAUGGCAAGAGGCCGAGGUCGUCCCCUGGUGGCGGUCGCCUUCUUCUGUUAUAAUGGUGUUGCUAGGAACAACGUUCAAAGUAUCAAUGACCCUUAGAGAUGUCCACCGUAUGAUGAUCGAGGAUUACGGGUUUCCAACUUGGGCUGCAUAUAGUCUUUUCGCAGUCUGCACAAUUGCAAUCGGUGUAAUUAUCGGCGCAUUGAUUGUCUUCAUGGCUGAUAUGGUGCUAGGCAGACAACGGAGCUCCAAAGAUGCUGUAGAAUUUAGUGAACAGACUUCAUUAAUUGAUAGUACUGAGAAGAGUAGUGACAAUCAAGCAGCAGAUGAUGAUGCUGCUGCGACUUCUGUAAUGCGGAGGAAAAAGACGACGGCGACAGAUUGAGACGCAUUGGUAUGUAGGCCAUUCUCUAUAGUUUGUGUUCGGUUGUGUCUAACCGUUGUAAACACGUAGUGGUUAGCAACGAAUUUUGUUCUGUUGUUGUGCUGAAUUUGUGGCAUGUUUAUCUUGCUGAUUGUAAAGGAGAUUUGAUUGAUACUUUAUUGCACAUCAUGUGGUUUUGACAUGGACAAAGUGAAUAAACCAUGGUG